AUGAGUGGCAAAGCAGAGAGAACCUUCGCUUUGGUUGAGCCAACAAAUUUCUUGACCAUGUCAAUUAUUAAUGGGAUCAUUAACAUGCUUCGGUCACCCAAAACAUACCAUCCGCUCGUUGGAAAUCCAUCAUCAAUGUCUAAAGGUCUCGAUGUUAAAAAAUGGAAGGAGAAAAGCCCAAUGGAGUUGAGAAUUUGUGGAGUUAAAAAGAAAGAAAGAAAGGAAUAUAUAUUAAUACCAAUGCCAGGGUCAGUGUCGCUGAUGAUCUUCUUUGGUUCUGGUGCCAUGGAGGUACGGUUGGUAGGGCAGGUGAGGUGA